AUGAGCAAGUCCAACGAAUUCGGGACUGGCUCCUCGUCACCGCCGCCACAAUCAGCUGUGAAUGAUGAGACAGAGGCACAGGACUUUGGAAACCUGAAUUCUGAGCAUCAAAAUUGUGAUCACUUGCAGCACGAAUCAUCAGUUACGGAUUCCAGGUACCUCAAACAUGAUGAUGAUGAGAUCGAGGUGGAAAAGCCAAAACCUUCUACGGACGAUGAUUCUUCAAGCGCCUCCGGAUCGAUAUCUGAACGAUCGAGCAGGUUUGAAUUUGGGCGUCGCCCCGAGGUGACAAGAACAAUCAGCGAUGUCCGGGACGGGAUUGAAAGCCGACACGAUGUCGAGGCUGCGUCACCACUUGAGAAGCAGCCCACCCCGCGACACCUAGCAGACCCGAACCUCGUGACCUGGAGCAACGAUGAUCCAGAGAAUCCAAAAACAUGGUCAAUGAAACAGAAAUGGGCAGCGGUGUCCGUCGUCUCAACUUUCACCUUAAUCAGCCCCGUCUCGUCGACCAUGACAGCGCCAGCCUUGAACUCCAUUGCCAACGAGCUCAAUAUCACAAAUGAGUUUGAGAAGCAACUCUCACUCUCGAUCUUCGUCCUUGCAUAUGCGAUUGGCCCUCUCCUUCUCGGGCCACUGAGCGAGCUUUUUGGCCGUGUCAUCGUCCUUCAGCUUGCUAACCUCUUCUACCUCUUCUUCAAUCUCGGAUGUGGUCUGUGUCACACAAAAGUUCAACUCAUAGUAUUCCGGUUCCUUUCUGGAUUUGGUGGAUCUGCGCCCCUAGCAAUCGGCGGCGGGGUUCUUUCAGAUCUGUUUACGGCUGAGCAGCGUGGAAAGGCCAUGAGUAUCUAUAGUCUCGCACCUCUUCUUGGCCCUGCAAUUGGUCCUAUUGCAGGAGCAUUCAUAUCUGAAAACACAUCCUGGAGGUGGAUCUUCUACGCUACAACCAUAGCGGAUGCCGUGAUCCAAUGUUCAGGGCUCUUCUUUCUGCGAGAGACUUACGCUCCAGUAUUGCUGCGUUGGCGCAAGGAGAAGCUCAUCAAAGAGACAGGCAACACUCAGCUCUACACUGACUUCGAUAGCCCGGACAAGACUGUUUCGAGAACUUUAGCCACAGCCUUCGUGAGACCCUUCCGCAUGCUGUUCACUCAGCCUAUCAUCCAGGUCCUCGCUCUCUAUAUGAUGUAUCUUUACGGCCUGAUGUACCUCAUCUUGUCUACUUUUCCAGGUCUCUGGGCAUCAUAUGGCAUGAGCACUGGAAUCGGUGGGCUGAACUACAUAGCCCUCGGGCUUGGCUUCUUUCUUGGAGCUCAGAUCUGUGCUCCCAUCCAGGACCGCAUUUAUGCUCGACUUAAAAAGCACUAUAAUGUGUCCGUGGGCCGACCGGAGUUCCGUAUUCCCAUGAUGAUACCAGGGGCCAUCAUGAUGCCCGUUGGGCUGAUAAUCUACGGCUGGACUGCCCAAUAUCGUGUUCAUUGGAUUGGCCCUGAUAUCGGGGUUGUACUGUUGUCCGGGGGAGUCAUCAUUGGCUUUCAGGCAAUCCAGGGGUUUCUGGUGGAUUCCUACACGCGAUACGCUGCAAGUGCCGUGGCUGCGGCAACGGUUCUGAGGAGUCUGGCUGGGUUUGGGUUUCCGCUAUUCGCCCCAAGCCUUUAUGCUAAGCUUGACUAUGGCUGGGGAAAUACCAUGCUUGCUUUCGUCGGUGUUGCGAUUGGAUGGCCUGGGCCUAUCUUGUUGUGGAAGUAUGGAGAGAAAUUGAGGGCGAAUUCUACCUUUGCGGCUGGGCCAAGAUGA